AUGUCCGGCAGCUUGCCCGAGGCGGAGUCCCUGAUCUCCUUACGGAAACUCAUCAUAUCAUUCCGCACGGCGGCACAGUCCUCGUUCCACCAGUCACGCUUCACAAAAUUCACCUUUCCCCAUGCGACGCCGAACAUCUCCCUAGCACACGUCCCGAUUAGGCCACCCUUCGCCCCUUCUUCCCCCCAAGCACACACACACACACACAGCACCUUUGCCAGCUUCCCGCCAUUCGCGAAGAUUCGUCAUCGUCCGCAGCUGUCGCUGCCGCGACCGACUCCCUUAGCCUUAGAGCUGCAACGGCAGGCCUUAGCGCAGCAGCAGCAGCAGCAGCAGGAGCUAUUAGUCAUUAGGAACAGGCCCCAGUUCAAGCAUUCCAACGCGAAGCCGUCGAGCAGAGGCAAGUACGGCCAAGGGACCUGCCGCCGACGGCACCGCUGCCGCCGCCGCCGCGUUGCACCUGGCAGGAAGCCGUCGCCGCGAGCAGUAUUGGCGCCACCGUCAGCCCCUUCGCCGCCACCGCCGGCGCCGCCACUGCCGUACCAGCCUCCGUACCAUCUGCCACCGGGGGAGUUCCCGGGGUGUUGGGGCGCCUGCGACCCCGCACCCCGCGCGCGUUCCUGCUCGCCGACUUACCGCGGCAAACAACAACAACAACAACAACAACAACAGCAUCAGCAACCACGCUGCAGCAGCGGCACUAAACGCCGCCGGUUACGGAUUCGUCCACGCCAAGAUCCGGUUCCGUCGGCAAUGCACAGGUCAGCUACAGCUCCGCCGGCGGCGCCGCUACAGGGCAUCGCGGGGUUUACAGCACACGCGGACGAUAACACGAUACGGCAGUCCGUUUCGCAAUUCGAUUCUCAGUCGCAGCUACAGCUCUCGCAGCAGCAGGAACGGACCCGUGGGUCGUUUCUGCUACAGCCCAACACGCUCGUGUCUUCCUCUGUAGCGUCGUCCGCCGCAACCUCGGCUGUAGUCGUCACCAUUGGCACCAAUGUGCCGUCAGCUGGAGUGAAUUCCGGGCUACAGUCGCAACAGCCGCCGCCGCCGCCGCCGCCGUCGCGGGCCAGCCUGGCGGCGGCGCUGGCGCACACAGGCGACGGCUCGCUCAGCGCCGCAUCCUGGCUACAGCCACCACCGCCGGUGACGCCGCCGCCACCGUCGCGAAACAGCGUCCCGCAGCAGCAGCGGCCGGAGCAGCAGCAGAUGUUGACUCAACAGCUAUCCGAGUCGUACGGAUCUGAAUAUGUCGUAUCCACGUUGCAAAACAUGCAGGCGGAGGUGUUGGCGGCGACGGCGAAAGCGGCGGCUGAGAGGCACCAAGGUCCGACGUCAGCGGAGGUGGCGGCGGCGUUGUGGCGUACCUGUCGGGAGGUACUGGCGGCGGUGGCGGAGGCGGUGGCGGCGGUGGCGGCGGCGGAGAGCGGCUACCGGGGUGGUGGCGGCAGCCGUCUCAAUGACGUGCGUGGCGUGCUGCGUGAUGGAAAGGAUGGUAUCGGAACGGGAUGCCGUGAUGUCCGGGAAGCCGAGCCGGAGAGGGUGUCUCUGUCUCCUGGGCUUCGACUCCGCCUCCGCCAGGAUCUGGGCACGGAGGCCGCAGCGGCAGCGGAGGCGCGAGGCGGCGGAGAUGAUGAAGGCUCGGAGAAGGGCAUUACCCUUGGCGGCGGCGACGGAGGCGACGGAGAUGAUGAAGACGACGGAGGCAGUGGCGGCGCCGAAGAGGAAGUGGAGCCGAGUGCUGAAGCUCCCGCCGCCGCCGCCGCCGCCGCCGCCGCCACUGCCUCAGCCGCCGCCACGGCUCCCACAACACCCGCCAGUGCGUUCCGCAGCGGCAACCAGUCGGGCAAGUCGUUGGGCGGCGCUGGCAAAGGUAACAAGUUCCGUGAGAAAGGGGAUUUCGGUAGUUACGGCAGCGGCGGCGGCGGCGGCGGCGGCUUGGCCAGCGGCGGCAGCUUGAGCGAGGGGGCUUUCGGCAGCGGCAUGAUCGUCCUUGGCGGCAGUGGCGACUCGGCGGAGAUGUCAAAGCUGCCGCCAGUGUCGGAAAUCCCUAUGCCGUACUCGAUGUUGGGAACGUACGGCUCCGGCGUUGGCAGUAUGCGAGGCUGGCUGGUAUGCCCUGUCGUGGAGGAAGACGGAGAGGGAGAGGGAGAGGAAGCAGGCGACGCGCCGCCACCACCGCCGCCGCCGCUGGCGUCUCAGCAGCAGCGGCAUCAGACGACACCGCAACAGACGCGAUCCGGCAGCGGCGGCGGCGGAGCCGCCGCCAAUGUCACGGUUCCCCAAUUUGGGUCGCCUCCCUUCAGCAUGUGGUCGGGUGCGGCCGUCUCCACCCUCUCCGCCUUCUCACAAACCUCGCCGCCAGCGCCGCCGACAACUCCCGUACAGCUAUCACCGCCGACAGACGCUGCGGCGGAAGGCGUUACAGCGAGCGGCGAUGUACGGGACGGAUGCGGCGUCAAUCGGGUGCCGCAGCGGCCCUCAGACAUCGCGGAGCCGCCGCCGCCGCCGCCGCCGCCAUCGGGCCUGGCGCCGGUUGAAGCUCCACCCCGGGGGCUUGUCGAAGGCCUUGCGCACCCAGCAAACGUAAGCGGCAUUGGCGGCGACAGUAUCACAUCGCGACGAACGACAGACGGUGUCACAGCCCUGGAUGCUGAUGCCGUACCGCAGAUUCCCAGCACAGGCAGCGGCCUUCGUCCCAUUAGUCCUUCCACGCAACUAACUCCAAAUCCACAGCGAUACCGGCGAUCAUCUCCCUUCAGCAUGUGGUCGGGUGCGGCCGUCUCCACCCUCUCCGCCUUCUCACAAACCUCGCCGCCAGCGCCGCCGACAACUCCCGUACAGCUAUCACCGCCGACAGACGCUGCGGCGGAAGGCGUUACAGCGAGCGGCGAUGUACGGGACGGAUGCGGCGUCAAUCGGGUGCCGCAGCGGCCCUCAGACAUCGCGGAGCCGCCGCCGCCGCCGCCGCCGCCAUCGGGCCUGGCGCCGGUUGAAGCUCCACCCCGGGGGCUUGUCGAAGGCCUUGCGCACCCAGCAAACCGCCGGCCAAUGUCCCCGGCCAUGCCCCGUACUGCUGCUGCUGCUGCUGCUGGGGUAUUUGAGGGGUCGGCUGUGGUAGUGGCUGUUGCAUACCCGCCGCCGGCGAUGCCCCUGUAG